AUGCCAGUCGAGAACUGAUGCGCGUGCGCAUACAACGUUGAUAUUUUCAGUCUUGUUUAUUAUUUAUUAGUUUUUUUUUUAAAUAUUACUGCCGCUAUGACGUCAGCCGUGAUUAAGUUUAGUGCCAUAUUGAUGAUGUUCGGAGCCGUUGCUGCUGAUGUCAAUCCAGUAACUGAAGUAUGUCUAGGAUGCAUCUGUCAAGCGAUAUCAGGCUGCAAGCUGGGUCAGAAAUGUGAAGGCGAUGCCUGCGGACUCUUCCGCAUCACGUGGGCUUACUGGGCAGACGCUGGAAAACCAACUAUCCAAGGAUAUUCAUCUAGUGCUCCAGACGCAUACCCGACCUGCACAAACGAUCCUUACUGCGCUGCUGAGACCGUCCAAGGAUAUAUGAGAAAAUUUGGCCAGGACUGCAAUGGCGAUGGCCAAAUUGACUGCUACGAUUACAUGGUAAUCCAUAAACUGGGAGGCUACGGUUGUGCCAAUGACCUACCAUACAAAUACGUUAAUGAUUUCAACCAGUGUAUAGCUGCCGUAGCAGCUAGCCAGGGCUAAAAAUACUAAUCUCAGCAUGGCAUUUGCUCAACAAAAAUUUAUUUAUACUUAGAUUCAGCCUGUAAAUCGCACUGCUGGGUAAAGUAAACAUUAUUUUAUACAAUUUCAAAAGAAAAUAUUUAAUUUAAGACAAAGUUAAUAAUAAAAAAUGUUCAAAGUUCGUUAAUUUAAGUAGCGUUAUAGUAUAAAAUAUACAGUCAGUUAGUCUAAGACUGAAUUAAUCGAAAAAUAAAAAAAUAAAAAUAAAAAUAAAAUCGUUUUUAUAACUAAA